AUGGAGGCCACAAAUUCGAACGCAAUCGCUCCCACUCGUUUCCCUACACACCAUACAUCCUCGGACAUCCUCCCUCAAGCUCGUAUCCUCUGCGAUAUCGUCGCCACCGCCCCCGUACACGAAGUCGAGGCUCGCCUGGGCGCCGCCCUCAUCCCGCCCGAGCCCGAAAUCGUCCAGCAAGUCCUGAAGCACUCAUACAACACCCCCUCCGCCGCUGCCAAGUUCUUCCGGUGGGCGGGUCGGUCUGCUAAGCACACGGCAUACUCAUGGAACCUCAUGGUGGACUUGCUGGGGAAGAACAACCUCUUCGAGCCUAUGUGGGACGCAAUCCGGUCCAUGAAGAAAGAGGGUUUGCUCACGCUGACAACGUUCGUCUCAGUUUUUGAGAAUUACUGCAUCGCCAGGAGGUUUGACGAGGCUAUUAUGACUUUCGAUGUCAUGGAGAGGUAUGGCGUCACCCCUGACAUCAUUGCCGUGAAUUCCUUGCUGAGUGCCAUGUGCCGUGAGGACAAGCAGACCACCAAGGGCCUCGGUUUCCUUGAGCGGAUAAAGUCUAAAAUACCCCCAGACGCGGACUCGUAUGCCAUCCUCCUCGAAGGCUGGGAGAAGGAGGGCGAUGUAGCCCAGGCCCGGCAAACCUUCGGCGAGAUGGUCAUUCGGGUUGGGUGGAGCCGACAGCACGAACUCGCUUACGAUGCCUUCCUCAGCACCCUCAUCCGCGGGCCCAACACGGAUGAGGCCAUCAACUUCCUCCGCCUGAUUGUGGGUAAGAAAUGCCUGCCAGGCCCACGCUUCCUUUCCAAUGCACUCGACGUCUUCACGAGCUGUAAAUGUAAUGACUCAGCCCGUGCCGUCAUCUUGUGGGACCUGAUGGUUGGGGGUGGGCAUGUCCCGAAUCUCACAAAUUACAACACGAUGAUCGGCUUGCUUGCGAACAACAGUGAUGCUGAAAACGCAUUCCGGCUUCUUGAUAGCAUGGUCUUUCACGGGGCCUUUCCCGAUGACUUGACGUACAACAUGAUCUUUGAGUGCCUGAUCAGGAACAAGAAGACACGGGAGGUGGCGAGGUUCUUUACGGAGAUGGUCAAGAAUGAGAAGGCCCCAACACCAGCAAAUCUGGCAGCGGGCAUCAGGAUUAUGUUUGAAGGAGACGAUCCGGAGACAGCAGUUGAGAUAUGGAAAUAUAUGGUGAAUAAUAACAUCAAGCCGCGCGAUGAUGCGGCAAACGAGGUACUUUUGGGUUUUUGUACCUUGGGGAGGCUGACGGAUGUGAGGAGGUUUGUGGAUAAAAUGAUUGCUGAGGGAAUUAUAAUAUAUGAGGCGACCAUGGUGAAGGUGAAGGCGGCUUGCUACGCGGGAAAAAACAUGCGCGAGGUGUACGAGCACAUCUCGAAGAAGUGGAAAUCUGCGUGCGUUUAG